AUGAAUAAUCCAUUCCAAGCACUCUUUCAAGACCUAUUUUCAUUACAGGUUACAUUUGAUGAAUAUCAAACAAAAGAUGAGUUUGUCUUCAUAGGAGAUGUUGGUGGAGUAAAAAAAGAGGACCUGUCAAUCGAUUUGGAGAAUAAUACAAUCGUUAUCAAAGGUAGUAGAGCUUGCAAUCCAAAUGUAGAACCUCUGAUGAGCGAGAGAUGGUGUGGUUCAUUUCAAAGAGCAUUCAGAAUACCAUCAUUAUACGUCGAUCAAGAUAAAGUGUCGGCUGUAUUAAAAGAUGGAGUACUCGAAGUUAGAUUACCAAAAUUACCAAAAGAUCAUCAUUCUUUAAAAAAUACUAGUAUCGUCAUUAAAGAUAAUCAUCACUAG